AUGUUGUUAUUCCAUCACAUGCUGGCCGGAGCCUUUCUUCCGUUCCUCAUCCUUUCAGGAAAUUGGGUUUCAGCUGAGAACAUCAACUUUUACAACGUGAGACCUCCACUAGACCCCACUCCAUUCCCAAACAGUUUUAAGUGCUUUACCUGUGACAAUGCAGUGGACAAUUACAACUGUAACAGAUGGGCUGAAGAUAGAUGGUGCCCUGAAAGUACUCAGUACUGUUUGACAGUUCAUCUCUUCACAGACCAUGGGAAGAGUACAUCAGUCACCAAAAAAUGUGCUACCGGAGAAGAAUGCCAUUUUGUAGGCUGCCACCACCACAGGGAAAGUGGCCACACAGAGUGUGUUUCAUGCUGUGAAGGCAUGAUUUGCAACGUGGAAAUACCAACCAACCACACAAACGCAGUAUUUGCCGUAUUGCAUGCCCGCAGAACGUCGGACGGCAGCAGGCGGACAGUCAGCGUUGCCGUGCUUGUGUCAGUCCUGAUGAUCGCGCUGUCGUGA